GAAUGUUGACAAACUUCAAACAACACGUGUUUUGAGUAAAUUUAUUGAACAAGUUCUUGUGCAUUCCUGUACCAGCGAGACACUCGGAUCAUCGUUUUACACGGGGAUAAACACAGACAGAGGAGAACAUGCCGCAAGGAAAAAAAAGAAAACAUGCACAGGCACCAGGGAAAAAGAGUAGUAAGCAUGUUCAUCAAAAGAAGGGUACCGGUGGUGGUGUCCAGAAAAAAGGUCGCUUUAUUGCUCCUAAGAAAGCCAGUGUCGUCAAGCUGGCCAAGCUGAGGAAGAAUCUUGAACGAGCUAUCGGGAGUAACAUUGAAAAGGAAGUUGUUGCCAUGGCAGCAUCAAGAGAACCCAGACCGCUUACUGUGGCGAGUCGUCCAACUCCAGAUUUGAAAGGAAAGACAAGUUCCAAAAAGAAAUAACACUUCAAGACAAAUAGAAAUGUACAUAGAUGUAAUUACUUGGGGUUGAACAAAGAAAAACUUACUAAAGUGGGACUCAAAACAUUGGCCACUGGAUUAACAUGGCAGUGUUGUACAACUGAGCUAUAAUAAAGCCCUAUGUUGGCGGUGUCCCUAUUUAGUCAAUAUCUUUGUUCGAGGGUGCCAGUCAGAAGCCAU